CAAGGCCUACAACUAUCCAACUGACUGUCCACAAAUCUAGGUCGCUUAGCUUAAUCUAUAUACCCACAAUUCUCGAUAAAAAUAAUCCAGCGGUUAAGCCUUAACAAUGCCAUACGAACAUACUUUAUAAUACUAUGAAAAGAAUUGAGAUCGCUAUGGUCGAGUAAUAGUUGGUGGUUAGUGACAGGGGAACUCGAGCACAACAGGACUUGUGAUAUACCGCAAGCUCGAUUGAGAAUUUGGUUUCGCGGAUUAUAACAUCCAGUGAAAGGAUAGGAAGUCUUGAAUGGAGGACUUUUAACAUCUCGAACAUUCUUAUACUAUAAUGUAGAGAAAAAAUCCUAUCCCUGAUGUCUGAUGUAGAUACGACAGCCCUAUCAUGAUGAAGAGGAAAGGGUCGCGUGAACCUAGUCAUGGCAUACUCAAGGUCCCCGCAAAAGAUGCGAGGACCGACGGCCAAACACUGCCUGUCUCGCCGAGGGUGAAGUUAACGAAUGGAGCAAACGGUCCGCAGGGCGGAGUCAAGUUCGAAGCGGAGCUGGAGGAACGGAAUGGGUUAGAAAACAAUGUGGAGAUGCUCAGCCCGAGUCCGAGGGCAUCGUCACGGGUCUCAUCUGCCUCUUCCCGCCACAGCGACUCCUCCAUGGUUUCGAGUUUGAACUCGAUGUCCUUGGACAAUGUCCACGAUCUCAGCCAUCUUGGAACGCGGCGAAGUUUGUCGGUAAUGAGUCAGUGUAGUUCCAGCACUGCCGGGCAAGGUCCGUUGGCACACCUUGGGUUCGCUGGUUCUCGACACAUGCACCCUGAACGCCUGCCGACGAUGCGGUUCCAGAAGGCUGUGAAUCUCCGCCUGACAGAUCUGAGUCCAGAGAGCUUGGAGAACUUCCACACCCUUGCGCCGACGCUUCGGAGAUUAGAACUCAGCCAUCUUGGCUUGAAAACUAUCCCCAAAGACAUUCUAACUAAUCUCGAAGGACUCGAGGCGCUGGGAUUAACAAGGAAUUCACUCGGUGACAACAGUUUUCCCGACAUAAUCAAAAAUUUAAAAUCCUUGGUAGAUUUGAAAUUAGACUAUAACGGCCUGACCAACUUUCCGCAAAAUUUGCAAAAGUUGAAAACACUACAAAGGUUGGGUCUGUCGCAAAAUCAGUUGAAAACUGUGGAGGGUUUGGAGAAGUUAAAACGAUUGACUAUCUUGGUGCUAGAUAAUAACAAACUGACGAGUUUGUUUGCGGAGAUCUCUACGAUGCGGAGGCUGGAAGUGUGCUACUGCAGUAAUAACUUACUCUCGGAGGUUCAGCCCGCUGCGGUGAAGCUGUUGCGCCAUCUCAGGACUGUUGACAUUUCAAAUAACUCCAUUACCUCUCUACCACCAGAGCUCUUCACACUGCCACAUUUGGACCUCUUGAAUGCAAGUAAUAACAAGAUAAACCGCCUCCCCACCAUCACCAUACGCGGUGUGCCAAAACACGUGGUCAAACACAUAGACUUGUCCGAGAAUCUGAUCAUCCGGUUUCCGGAACAUCUGUUAGUAAUGGGGAAAAGCUUAGACAUCAGUAAUAACAAAAUUAGCAAAAUUGCCGGUAACACGAUUAGAAAACUAGCCUGGCGGACAGAGAAACAUGUAGACCUUGCAGGAAAUCCACUCAUUGCGCCUCCAAUAGAGAUUUGCGAAUGUGGGUUACGGGCAAUGAUAGGGUACUUUCAGGAGCUUAAGACCCAGAUGAAGUCCUACCAGGGCAUGAAACUGAUGGUCGUUGGGCCCAGUAUGAGCGGGAAAACAAGUCUUGUUCAGAGCAUGAUGGAUGAACAACCAAGAGUUGAAGAUCCCGAGGAUCGGACCAUCGGCAUCGACGUCUUUGAAAUGCCGAUCGAGACGGCACCGGAGGGUGAUCCAUCCAAACCUCUAAAUGUCUCUGUCUGGGACUACUCUGGCAACAGCUUCUACAGGUUCACUCACUACUAUUUCCUCGAACAGCCCAACUUGAUCCUCUUGACCUUUGACCUGUCGACCUACACCAAGCAGAAGUUCGAAAAACUGCUUGACACAUGGCUGCAAUGGGUUAUAGCAAAGACUAAACAUCUAGUUCUCAUCGUUGCUGGCACACAGAUGGACAAGGUAAAGAAGGGGCCCACUAGAGUGGCACAGAUUUGUAAAGAGGCACUCGAAGGGGUGAAUGCUUACUUUGCGUGCCAUUUUGAUUUCCUAGAUCGCGCUGUAAAAGACAUUGAGAGCAGACCAACUAUCUCCCCAGCGCUUUCAGAGCAGUUUAAACUCUACAUGCAGUUAAAGAAGCUCAGAUUGGAUAUUUACCCCGAGGUCCUCGCGACCAGUGCGGCGACUUUGGAAGGGGUCGCCGACUUACAGAAAGCCAUACAGACCUGGGCUCUAAACAAGGAUAUCUUUCCCCGGAAUAUGCGUGAGAUCCCGUCGCUUUGGUUGGAUGUGGAGUGCUGGUUAGAGGAGCAGGGAAACUUGAUGCCAGUCCCAAUCGUCUCCUGGGAAGAGUUCACGGACAUGGUCUCUGAGAAGUUCGGCAUGCGACACCUGAUGACGAACAUCGCUGAGUACCUUCACGAAACUGGGAAGAUUCUCUACGGCCCUAACAGCCCAACCUUUAGUGAGUACGUCGUCCUACGUCCACCCAUGUUUCUGGAUGCAAUGAAGACCAUCAUCCGGCACGACUUGGACAUACUCCUGGAUUACGCUGUUGAUGACAAAUUCAAGUCGUCAGGUAUGGGGGUUGUGAGAUUCAACAAAUACAAAUCUGAUUUCUUACAAGGUGGCGUCCUGGAUAGAGAGUUUGCCAAGAUCCUUUGGAGCGGUGUUGUCAUGGAUGACGGACGGCCCGAGGAGGUAAUGCGUCACCUGGUUUACAAGUAUGAGCUAGGUUAUCCCGUGGGAAAGAAACACAAGAAUGGGACCUUUGAUCUCACAGUUCUGCCGCCGGAUCCAAGUCUGUCCGCCCGGUCCUCCUCUCCUAUCAGUGAAUCUGGGAUCUCGACAACCUCGAAAGGAGGACGAAAACAUAGGAAGAAGCACAGCGGGAAGACCAUAUCGGACGCAGGUGACGCGGAAUCAGUCUCAAGCAAGAAGCACGAGAAACACGAAAUCCCCGUGAUCACCAAACUAAUGUUUCCGUCGCAGCGUCAAGCAGAGAGGCCAGAAUCAGUGAAAAACGACCUGGCGCACCUACUGGGCAACCCUUCUGCCUGUACUGUAUUCAGAUUCCCCCGCUUCAUCCCUCCGGGCCUCUUUGAGCGAUUCUGCACGCGCAUUCGUAUCCAUGACGACAAGUACGAAUUCAACUUCUCCGAGCAUUGGCAAAAUGGCGUCAUUGCCGCACAUGGCCAGAAGAGGGUGCUCCUGUAUCUGCAAAAGGUCGAUGAAGAUGAGGGCGGCUGCCACGUCCGGAUAGAGGUCCGCCAUCUUGGAUUGGAACAGGAAGAGGUUGAUGAAGACACGGAGAAAGCAGAAAUUGAAUCCAUGUGGGCGUGCCUACUUCCAGUAGUGCAUGAUAUGGAGAAGCUUCUGGAACAGUUCCCAGGUGCGUGUUUUCAACGCCUGAUGGCCUGUCCAGCCUGUGAGAAGCUAGGUUUCAUAGGAGAAUGGCUGAACCCGAAAGAACUGCAGAACAUGCAGUUCAAGGAGUGCAGCGAGUGCGGCGAGAGUAUUAGUACUGUGUUCCUGGUGCAGCCGAGGGAGAAGCGCGGUGCCGAACUGAUCAAAAUGAAAAACGAGAGGGCAAGGCUGAGAAAGCUGGAGGAAGAGCGAAGGUUGGCGGAUCUUGAUGCCCAGCCCAACCCUUCAGAGGCCGCUGAGAACGUCCAGCGGGUGCCCUCGCCAAACGUGCCCAGGAAAUCUAAGGAGAGUACUGUGGAGGCUCCCAUUGGGCAGGAGCAGGGCAGUGCCAAUGGUAGGAAGAACACGGUAGCUGCGGCGUCGGAUUUAGCAAACCUUGAGGUGCCUCGGCGGAAGAACACGAGUUCUGCCAGGGCAGGUUCUCCGAAGCUGAGUAGAUAGGAGUACUUAGUGCCUACUCUGACCGUUAGGGGUUGAAACCACCUGUCUGCAUUGGAUUGUAUUGUUAUGUGACGCAUUCUUCAAGCCUUGGCAUUGGUAACCGGUGCCAAGUACAGACAGUUAACCAGCGUACCAUUUCCCUCUCCACCUUGAUUACGCUAAGUGGCAGCGGUCUCAUUAGGGAUUGCUUGAGACUAAAUUGCAGAAAGACUUAUCGAAUAACAUACAUAUCAUACUCUAGGAAUUUAGAUUCAUCCAGUGUGGCCGGGACUAGUUUUUAACAUUUAUUUUCUUGUGGAAAGCAUAUCGCGAAAAUGACACAGGCGAAUAUCACAUCCACUUCGCAGUAGUAUGGAAACAGUCGGAUUAAAGAACGUCAGCGAGACGUUGAACGGAGAUGUCGUUCGACCUGAGCAGAAACGACUGAGAUUUGUAGUAGGCACUGCAACGACCACCGCAAACACUAGAUUUUUGUUGCAUGCGACAAUAAUCACACUUCACUGCGACAAAAAUUUCUCAUUUGCGAUGGCUUAAGUAUACGAUGUACAUGUAGUAGUCGCUUGAUCAAACUAUUAUCAGCCUUAAAUAGUGCUAAAAUGUGAUCAUAACUUAUUUGUACAUAUACUUUCUAGAUUGUAGUUUUAUGUAGUAUUUGGAUGUUAAACAAAUGCCUAAAAUAUC